AAUAUGAAGGACGUGAAGGAGCCGAGGCAUCGCAAAGACAACAGGCGCCCAGACCUGGAGAUUUACAAGCCUGGCUUGUCCCGACUGAGGAACAAACUUGUGUCACCAAAGCAUGAGGCCUCGGAGAACAGUCUCAGUGACAAGGGCUCUUUGGGAGGAGCGGCUCCAGUCAUGGAGGAUUUUGGCAAAGGUGAUAGCCCCAAGCAGAAUGGUCCUUUGGAGGAAGAUGAAGAGACAGACACUAAAGAUGGUUUUCAGAGCCAGGAGAGCUUGUUCAAGCAGCCUGCUCCAGAUGAGUGGUGUCCCAAGACCACCAGGAGAACCAAGAAGCCAGACCAGCAGAUCUACCAGCCUGGGAAACGCCUGCAUUCAGCUGCUAAAGAACCGUCCCUGCGGUCAGCUACUGAGGAGGUCACCAGCAAGAUGGAGCAGCUGAAAGUUGAGAGAGAUGAAGAGACUGAGAAAGGUACUGGAAAAGACAGUAACAGGAAAACGAAAUCAAGCAAGGAGGAUAGAGAGGGGAGCCAGGCAUGGGAAGGAGUGAAAGCCUCAAGGGGAGAAAAAGGAAGACAAAUAGAACGCAGCAACAGGAUAAGGAGAACGAGUGACGAGGUGAUGCAGGAGAAGCUGGGCUCUGCCAAAUGGUACUCCUACACGGACAAGCGGCGGAGCCGGUACCGCACCUGCAGCACAAGCUCAGCCGGAAGCAACAACAGUGUAGAUGAAGCCCCACUCGUGGAUGGAGUGGAGAGGCGUCAGGAGCGUGCCAGAGAAAGAAUACGUCCUAGGAAGCAGCUCUCUACGUCCUCCACUGACUCCUUGGACGAUGACAGAACUGAUGAGGCAGAAGCAUAUGUUUCCAGCAGGAAUUUGGACAAGAAAAAGUACUCAGGGCAGAGUCGAGCUUCUAGGAGCGAGAGUGAAUGGAGCAGCAAUGGCAAGGAAGUCAAGGGAUCCUUUCGAGUUACAUUUGACAGCAAGACUAUGAACAGGGAUAUCAGUCUGGCAGACACAGAUAAAAAAAAGCCCCUGAAGGCAGCGAGGAGCCAGAGCAGAGAGCCCCAAGGGAAGGGCCGUGGGAUUCUGUUCCUGCCUGCCAACACGGACCUCUCUGCCAGCACUGCCAGCUCCCCUGAACCUAGUCACCCUGGGCCGAGGCUCCUGCUCACCGGGGCUGGGGGUAAAGGUCCCCGGAGCAGGGGCCGAGGCGGCACUGCUCGCAGGCUGUGGGACCCAAAUAACCCGGACCAAAAACUCACUCCAAAAAGCCAGACUGCUCAGCUUCAUUUUCUAGACACAGAUGAUGAAGUGAGCCCCACUUCCUGGGGAGAAGCCCGCCAGGCCCAGACACCCUACUAUAAGUUCCAAAACUCCGACAACCCCUACUAUUACCCUCAGGCCUCCGGUCAAGGGCCCCAGUAUCCAUAUGGUGGGUACUCCCUGCAGUAUCCUAUGGGUCCAAGCAAUGGUGUGUACCCAGGAGCUUAUUACCCUUGGUACCCCGGCCAGGCAGGGCAGUACAUGUGCAGUCCACUCCCCCCGACUCCUCUGAGUCCCAAAAUGGAGCAGCAGAUGCGGAACAUGAAGCAGCAGGAGCUCAGCAAACUCCUCCGUGAGGCUGGGAACCAGGAGCAGCAGCUCAGCAAUCUGCUUUCCAGAGACCGCAUCAGCCCAGAGGGGCUGGAGAAGAUGGCUCAGCUGAGGGUGGAGAUGCUGCAGCUGUAUGAAUGGUGCAUCCUGAUGGAUAUUGAGUUCUCUGAUACCCAGAAUGUGGACCAGUUGCUGUGGAAAAAUGCAUUUUACCAGGUGAUUGAGAAAUUUCGACAGCUCCUCAAGGACCCUCAGGGGGAAAAUGCCCAAGAAAUUCGGAACAAACUGCUCCAGCUUCUAGAUGAGGGCACUUCUUUUUUUGACGGCCUACUCCAAAAGCUGCAGGUGUCGUACCAGUUCAAGCUGGAGGACUAUAUGGAUGGGAUGGCCAUCCGCAGUAAGCCUCUGAGGAAAAUGGUGAAGUAUGCGCUGAUCAGUGCCCAGAGGUGUAUGAUUUGUCAAGGGGACAUUUGCCGAUACAGAGAACAAGCAAACGACACCACAAACUACGGGAAGGCACGCAGCUGGUACCUGAAGGCUCAGCAAAUUGCCCCCAAAAACGGCCGCCCGUACAACCAGCUGGCACUUCUGGCCAUCUACACGAGGAGAAAGCUGGAUGCUGUCUACUAUUACAUGCGCAGUCUGGCUGCUAGCAACCCCAUCCUCACAGCCAAGGAGAGCCUCAUGAGUCUGUUUGAAGAGACAAAACGCAAGGCUGAGCAGAUGGAGCAGAGGAAACAUCAGGUGCUGGAUCAGAGCCCCAGCCGCUGGGGGAAGGGCAAGAAGUCCACACUGCGACAAGUUGGAGAUGAUGCCACACGGCUGGAGAUCUGGAUCCAUCCCUCCCACCCCCGCUCCUCCCAGGGCCACGAGUCCGGCAGGGAUUCUGAGCAGGACAACGGUCUUGGGAACCUCAGCCCCAGCGACCUGAACAAAAGGUUCAUCCUCAGUUUUCUCCAUGCCCAUGGGAAGCUGUUUACCAGGAUUGGGAUGGAGACUUUCCCUGCGGUGGCCGAGGAGGUCCUGAGGGAGUUCCAGGUCCUGCUGCAGCACAGCCCCCCUCCCAUCGGAAGCACCCGCAUGCUCCAGCUUGUGGCCAUCAACAUGUUUGCAGUGUACAACUCCCAGCCCAAAGAGUGCAUCUCUGAAGACUGCCGCUCUGUCAUCCAGGAACAGGCCACAGCCCUGGGGCUCUCCAUGUUUGCACUCCUGGUGAGGAGGUGCACCAGCCUGCUGAGGGAAUGCGUGCAAGUUCAGCCACAAGAGGUGGAUCCAGAGGAUGAGGAGGAUGACAUCAAGGUAUCUGCCUUGCCCCAGGACCUGAAAGAGCUGCUCCCCAGUGUGAAGGUCUGGUCGGACUGGAUGCUUGGCCACCCGGACACCUGGAAUCCUCCUCCGACCUCUCUCGAGCUCCCCAAACAGGUCUCAGUAGAUGUGUGGGCGACGCUGGCUGACUUCUGUAACAUACUGACCACAGUGAAUCAGUCGGAGGUGCCCUUGUACAAGGACCCAGAUGACAACCUUGCCCUGCUUAGCCUGGAAGAGGAUCGGCUGCUCUCGGGCUUCGUUCCCCUGCUGGUCGCCCCCCAGGAGCCCUGCUACGUGGAGAGGACCUCGGACAAGGUUAUUGCAGCCAACUGCAAGAGGGUCACAGUUCUGAAGUAUUUCCUGGAAGCCCUUUGUGGACAAGAAGAGCCUUUGCUGGCAUUCAAGGGUGGAAAAUAUGUGUCAGUGGCACCCGUCCCAGACGCCAUGGGAAAGGAAAUGGGAAGCCAAGAGGGAAAACAACUGGAAGAUCAGGAAGAUGAUGUGAUGAUUGAGGCAUUUGAAGAUGAUUCCGAGGCUGAAGGCAGCGGAGGAGAGAUGGACAUCAAGGAGCUCAGAGCCAAGAAGCAAGCCCUAGCCAGGAAAGUAGCUGAGCAGCAGCGUCGUGAAGACAAGAUUCAGGCCGUGCUGAAAGACCAGAGUCAAAUGAGGCAGAUGGAGCUGGAGAUCAGACCUGUCUUCCUGGUCCCAGACACCAAUGGUUUCAUCGACCACCUCAGCAGCUUGAUAACACUGCUGGACUGCAGGAAAUUCAUCUUGGUGGUGCCCCUGAUCGUGAUAAACGAGCUGGACGGCCUGGCCAAGGGCCCGGAGAUGGAGCACCGGGCCGCAGGCUAUGCCCGCCAAGUGCAGGAGAGAGCCAGGAAGUCCAUCGAGUUCCUGGAGGAGCGUUUUGAGAGCCGGGACAACUGCUUGAGGGCUCUGACCAGCCGAGGCAACGAGCUGGAGUCCAUCUCCUUCCGCAGCGAAGACACCACUGGCCAGCAGGGAAAUAAUGAUGACCUGAUUCUGUCCUGCUGCCUGCACUAUUGCAAUGACAAGGCUAAGGAUUUCAUGCCCUCCAACAAAGAUGAUCCCAUCCGUUUGCUCAGGGAAGUGGUUUUACUGACGGACGACCGGAACCUGCGAGUUAAAGCACUGACCCGCAACGUCCCGGUGCGGGACAUCCCCACCUUCCUCAAGUGGGCCCAGGAGGGCUGAGGGGGCCGAGCCACCACGAACAAUAAACGCCAUGUCUUCAACACACCCCAGAAUGGCCGUGCUGCGAAGGGCCCACCCCCGAGGGCAGACCAGCUGGGAAGGUCAUUGCUGUGGAUGGUUCAUGUGGAGGCUGGGCCGUCGAGGAUCCCACCAGCCUUUGGGCAGUGCCAGAGCGGAGCUGGCGAGCCCCGCUGGCGAGGGAAGCUUUGGGUGAGCCCGUGCCGGAUCGCCAGCCUCUUGCUUGGUUUGCUUGGUUGCAGAGAGCUCGAGUCACGAGUUAGUGGCUCUUCGGGUUUGUAGGCUGCGUAGGGCAGAGACCGGGGACACGCCAGCGCAGACUUUGGGAUUGCUUAGUCUAGCUCACGCUCCUCGGAGAGGCCUUGGACUUCAAGGGCAGGUUCCCUCCUGCCCCAGCCUGCUCGUCCUGCGUUGGCCCAGGCAGCCCCAAGCCUCCGGACCCUUCUCCACCCCACGCACGGGGUGCUUCGUGCGGAGGUGCUUGUCCUCUCCCUGGUGAAGGCUUUGCUUGUUGAGUUUCUUUGAGACUUCAGUAUAGGUUAGUUUUCAGGUUUGUGCCCUGCCUGCUUUGCUGGAGGAGGAGGCUUUGAACACCCCCAGGCUCCCCACAGCUGCUUUCUGUCUUGCUCCCCAGCCAUUACCUGCCCCUUCACUCCUUCCCCAAACCCCUUCGUUCCCACCCCACUGCCUUUAGACACAUUUUUGACCCAAGACUCAGCAUGAGGCUAACAAAAUUAUCCAAGGACCAGCUGUCCCACAGGGCCCGUGUAUUCUCACAUUGCCACGGGCUCCCCUUGUGUGUGGGAUGCAGCUUCUGCCUGUGGCUGCCAGCUGGGGCAGCACCCACUCCCCAGCCGUUUGCCCUGGGACCAUCCCCUCUGGAGUUGCCCCUUCGCCGUGCAGGGAGCCGUGAAGGGACACCACUGCCUCAUCACUGGGUCAUACCGCGCUGGGAGCUGGUGCAGGGUUGGGGUGCUGGCUGAGCCCCCCACACAUACCCGCACACCCCCCACACACAGUCCCAUCCCCAAGCAUCCCAUCCCCAGCCUAGUUAACGCGCCAGAUACAGAAGCUAAG